AUGACCUCUGGAGAGUCGAGCAUCAUGCAAGUUAAGGCUCAAAUUCAACAACAUUUGGUGGAAUCUGGGAGUUACGAACUGAUAUCAAACAAUUUGAGCCAGAGACUGCUGCAGGAAGGAUGGACCGAUCAGGUCAAGAGCCUUGCCCGGGAAGAAAUCAGCAACGAUACAAGUGCCACUUUUACUCAAAUUCUGGCAAAGGUUGAACCAAAGGCAAGCGAACUGGUGUCUGAAUCUACAAAACAGGAGAUCCUCGAAAAGAUAAGAGGCUUUCUAAAGGAAAUCGUCGAUACCGAAUAG